AUGUUUCGGAAAGUCAUAUUGGACUCAUCUUCCCUGCUCAUAGAAAUAAAUCCAACAAACUUGAACUUAGCACUCGAACACUUCUCAGAAGCCAUCAUCGCAGCAGCCAGUGCAGCCAUCCCGAAGACAAAAAACAACACCAACGCCAACAUCAAAUAUAAUCCAUGGUGGAAUGAAGAAUGCUCACAAGCUGUGAAAGACUGCAAACAUGCUUUCAACCGGUACAAAAAACACAAAACCGCAGAAAACCUUAUCAACUUCAAGAAAUACCGAGCCGUAUCCCGUAAGAUCACAAAGGACAGUAAGAGACGAUCAUGGAUAAACUAUACCUCAACUCUUAAUCCACAUACCCCUCCCUCAGCAAUUUGGAAAAAGAUAAGAGCUAUCAAAGGUUCAAACCAACACUCCUCAAUGCCAGCCUUAAAUAAGGAAGACAACUCUAUCUCCACCGACCCAAACGAAAUAUCCGAAAUCCUGGUAACGACUUUCCAGAAAAACUCCAGUGACUGCAACUAUUCAAAACAGUUUCAGAUCUACAAACAGAAAACUGAUUCUAACGCGUCGAAGCCUCCAAUCAUAGUCCAAGAAACACCUUACUCCUCCAACCUAAAUUCUCCUAUCCAAUUUGAUGAACUGCUAUACUUCCUAAACAAAUGCUCGAAUACUAGUCCCGGACCCGAUGGAAUACCCAACAUCUUCCUUACCCAUCUUCCACAAGAGGCGCUUAACUACAUACUUGCAAUAUUCAACUGCAUUUGGUCCCACAACAUCUUCCCAACCAAAUGGAGAGAAGCGGUUGUCAUCCCAGUCUUGAAACCAGGCAAAACUCCAACGGACCCCAACAGUUAUCGACCGAUUGCUCUAACAAACACAAUGUGUAAAUUAAUGGAAAAAAUUAUAAACUAUAGACUCCGAUGGUACUUAGAAUCAAGGCACCUCAUCGCUAAACAACAAAGUGGCUUUCGACAAUUUCACUCCACAUAUGACCACCUAAUAAACCUGGAAAUGAAUGUAUGCGACGCGUUUGCUAAUAACCAGUAUGCAACAGCUGUUUGCUUAGAUAUAGAAAAAGCGUAUGACAUGGUCUGGAGAAACCGAAUCCGAAGAAUUCUCCAGAAUUUUGGCCUUUGUGGAAACAUCCUUAAUUUUAUCAGUAACUUUCUAUCUAUAAGAACUAUCCAAGUUAGAGCCAACAACGUCCUAUCCACUACAAAAAUUCUAGAAAACGGAGUACCUCAAGGCUCCGUCUUAAGUGUUUCGCUAUUCCUAAUCGCUAUAAAUGACAUACUGGACAACAUACCAGUCCCGGUCAAAGGACUUUUAUUUGCUGACGACUUAACCCUAGUAUGCAAAGGAAGGAACCUUCAUACUACCCAGACCCAACUACAAGAAGCACUAGAUAAAUUGCAGAAAUGGUCACUCACGUCAGGGUUCAAAUUUUCUUCCACCAAGUCUAAAAUAAUUACCUUCAGCAGAAAGAAACAAUAUGCGAACAUAAAACUAACUCUCGAUAAUUUGAUAAUCAAGGAAACAUCCUCUAUCAAACUAUUAGGAUUAACAUUUGACUCUCAGUUAACAUGGACACCUCAUAUUAAUAAACUCAAAACUGAUAGCUACCAACGACUAAACAUACUUAGAACAAUAGCUGCAAAUAACUGGGGAGCCGACCUCAAAACCCUACUCCUAACGUAUAAGGCAAUAGUGAGAUCAAAACUGGACUAUGGAUCAAUCAUAUACAACUCAGCCAACACCAACAUAGUAAAGAAAUUAGACCCUGUACACAACAAUGCUCUCAGAAUAACAGUGGGCGCCUUCCGCACUAGCCCGAUCAACGGCAUCCUUAGUGAAGCUUCAGAACCUCCAUUACGAAUUAGAAGAAAAUACCUAAGUAUCAAAUUUGCAGUCAGAAUUGCCUCCCACCCACAGAACCCAGUCUUCCAUAAUGUAUUCAGAAAAAACAACCUAAACUACUUGCAACAAAGGAAAAGAACACCCCAUCCACUCUGCUACAGAAUCAGUAAUUAUCUGAAGGAGCUUGGCAUGGAAAUCCAGCUCACAUCGAGCAGAUCCAUCCCCAGCAUCCCUCCGUGGACCUUUCCAAGAAUUAGCACUAACACCUCUCUACUGAACUACAGUCAAAAGAAAUCUGAUCCAAUCAUGCUAAAGGCUAUGUUCCAAGAAUUGGAAGCGGGACUCGCAAACCGCGUGCAUAUAUACACAGACGGGUCCAAGACACCAUUCGGAUCCGGAUACGCAAUUGUCAGGAACCAGUCAACCGAAAAAGUUAAACUCCAUCACAAAACACCUAUCUUCCUAUGCGAACUUCAAGCAAUUAAACACGCCAUCAAAUCAACUUUAACCGACCAAAAUACAAAUUUUGCAAUUUUCUGUGACUCCACAAGCGCCAUCUCAGCAACACAAAAACUAUGGACAAGCAACCCUGUCAUCCAAGAAUGUCAAGAAGCCUACACCAGAUCGAGCCAAAAGAACAACUCAAUAACAGUAAUAUGGAUUCCUUCCCACAUUGACAUAACCGGCAACGAAAAAGCGGACCGUGCAGCUAAAGAAGCAGCCAACUCAUCCACCCCCAACCACCACGACAACGGCACUCACCUGGAAACGUUACUCUCCAUUCUCAAAGAAAAAAGUAAAAACUGUUGGAACAAAGAGUGGAGCACAUCAACCAAAUCCCGUACAAAAUUAAUCAAAAAUGACUUCUAUGAAAAAUCCAUUACCUGGAAAUUACCCAGACCAGACCAAGUGAGAGUAUCACGAAUCAUUAUAGGCCACACCAAACUGACCCAUCAACACCUCCUCCAAAAAACAGGCCCACCAAUAUGCGAAACAUGCAAAGACCUCCUAACAAUAGAACACAUCAUCAUCCACUGCAGAAAAUAUAUUCCAAUCAGGCAACGGCUCAACAUAAAACCAACCCUAAAGGACAAUCUGAAGGACAACACAUCGACCCAAAAUCUAUUACAGUACCUCAAAAUUACCAAAUUGUACAACAAACUCUAA